UUGAUUUAGGUGCGAUAUCAUUGAUAGAAAGGCGAUUGCGUUAAGAACAAUACUCCAAAGUUGUCAAUAUUUGCAAAAUACCGCUAAGUAAUGACUUCCGCAUCUCACACGUCUUCAAGUGCAUCAUAUUUGUGUUGAAUUUUGUUUUUAAAAUGAGGUUAUGUAUGUAAACACGGGCAAUGUUUCGCUAUCCUGUUUUGUGUACCUUCCAGGACCUGUGGCAAUCCAUUCAAGGCAGCAAGUUUGGAGAGCGUGUUGAGUUGAAUCGAUUCAUAACGUCGAGAUGGAGCCGAACUCACUCAAGUGGGUGGGCUCGUCUUGCGGUUUACACGGACCAUAUAUAUUCUAUAAAGCCUUCAAAUUCAACCGGGACUCCAAAGCGAGGAUCUUGUCCCUGGGAGACUUUUUCUUGGUGCGAUGUAAGCCGGAGGAGCCUGUUUGCAUAGCGGAGCUGCAGCUUCUCUGGGAGGAAAGGACGAGCAAGCAACUUUUAUCCAGCUCUAAACUUUAUUUUCUACCAGAGGACACUCCCCAGGGACGGAAUGUCUCCCACGGAGAGCAUGAGGUCAUUGCCGUGACCGAGAAGGUGAUCGUGCGCCUCCAGGACCUUGUCAAGUGGGCGGUCCCGGACUUUUCGGGAUGGGCCCACGGGCUGAAGGCGGAGCCACUCAAGGCGUCGGUGCUGCGUGAGCUGGGCACCAACGGGCGCCGGGAGGCCCUGCACCGCUACAGAGAGAGCACGCUGACCAGCGGCCUCAACUUCAAGGAUGUCCAGAGGGAGAGGGCGCACCUCGGCCAGGAAGAGGAUGGCAGGAAGGUGCUGGUUCUCAGCUACCCGCAGUAUUGCCGCUACCGCUCGGUCGUGGCCCGACUGAGGGAGCAGCCCACCUCGCUGCUCCUCAACCACACGGUGCUGGCUCUGGGUGGCAUCGCGGUGCUCGGCGGGAACACCCGGAUCAUGUACUGCCGGGACACCUUUGAGCACCCUACCUUGCUGCAGAACGAGAGCAUCUGCGACGAGUUUGCUCCCAAUUUGAAGGGGCGUCCUCGGAAGAAGAAGUUGUCCUUCUCGCAAAAGAGGGACUUUCAGGUUCAAGGGUCGUCGGGGUCAAACCAGGGAUCGACAGCAGCAGUGGCGGCGCAGGACGCCAUCAGCCCAGACAGCAAAAGUUCCAAGGUCAAAGCAAGCUGUAAAGCGCUACCCAACGGCAGGAUUAGCUCCACCGCCAAGCACAAAGCCAGCGGCCUUGGGAAGAGGACGCCGCCCGAGGAUAAGGAGCGAAGGAAGGAGGUGGAGGAGAGGAGAGAGAAGGAGGAGACCAGGGAGGAUGACGAGUCGUCGUGUUCGUUAUCGUCGACGGAGGAGAGCCGAGAGGACGAGCAGGCCUUCCUUGUGGAGCUCUACAAGUACAUGAAGGAGAGGGACACGCCCAUCGAGAGGAUCCCCUUCCUGGGCUUCAAACAGAUCAAUCUCUGGACCAUGUUUCAAGCUGCUCAGAAGCUGGGAGGAUAUGAGCUGAUCACAGUCCGUAGGCAAUGGAAGCACGUGUACGACGAGUUGGGGGGCAACCCGAGCAGCACCAGCGCCGCCACCUGCACGCGGAGACACUACGAGAGGCUCCUCCUACCCUACGAGAGGCACCUCAAAGGUGAGCAGGACAAGCCCCUCCCUCCACUCACCAAACCCAAGAAGCAGGAAAGCGGCCAGGAGAAGGCGCCGGGGGCCAAGGUGAAAGGAGUCGGGGCCAAGAAAGUCAAAGGGUCCGGUCAUUCCAAGCAGGCGGCCAGGAAGGAGCGAGCGGAGGCGGCCAAGGGGCAGGCAGCGUCACAGGUUGCGGAGGUUAAAGCGGAAGCGGUUGCAAACCAGGAGGCGCCGACGAGACGAGACGAGCCCAUCAUCAUCGAGGAGGAGGAAGAAGAGGAGCUUCACGUCACCCUGAAGAAGGAGGAGUCCCUUUCGGGGGAGCGUCCUGCCUCGCUUUGCCUCAAAGAGACCGACUGCAGGGCCCCGCUUGCCCCCCGACCCCUCCACGCUGGAACCCAGCCUGAGUGGAGGCAGAUCAGCCAGGCCCUUCAAGCCAAGACCGAGGGUCGUCUCAUUGCGAAAAACCCAUACCUGCCUCACUGCUGGGACCAGAACAAACUCGCUGGACACGUUGCGCUGCCUGAGCCCUCCAGCAGGGUCAAAGACUCCUUGGAGAGUCACGGGGGGCGGGUUGGAAAGGUGUUGCCGAUGUGCAAACAGGCCGAUAGGCAGUCCUUAGACUUGAGUACAGAGUCCUUCCCGGAGAAGGAGGACUACGGAAUUAUUAGGAAGGAGAGUCUUUCCUACUGCAAAGCCAGCCAAGGCGUCAUGUCUCCUUUGGCGAAAAAGAAGCUCCUCUCCCAGGUGUGCGAGUCCACCUCCUUUUCCUUUGUGUCCUCACUCCAGCCGCCCCUUGCUACCGCUCUCCCAAUGGCGGAGAGAGACACGGAGAAGAGGAAGGGAGAGGAGGAAGGGCCGGGUCACAGGGGGCACAUGUCUGACAGCGUCCCGGAGGCGGCGCCCGUCUUCAGGCCGUCGGUCAUCCAGCACGCACAGAGCAGCAAGCCUCCGCAACACGGCCAACCGGGGAGGAGCCACCACCUUCAGCCUCACGUCAAUCCUCCGUGGCAGCCCUACCUCCCUCAGACCCGGGACCACGAAGACGCGGAGAAAAGUGGCGAGAGUCUCCUCCAGAACCCGGCCGCUCAGGCUCGCGGCUUCACGGGGGACUGCUACUCGUCCCCUCACCUGCAUAGUCUCUACCGGCAAACCGAGAGCUGCCUGAGUCAGGACCGGAUGGCCGGAUUCCCCAACGGAGAGCGCCGGGAGCACUUUUCCAGGGAACGUGAAGGGAAUUUUGUUUGCAGCGGCCUGGAGCAAGAAGGCCUCGCCUACAGAUCUCGCUACAACGACGACACGCAGACUCGAGGGGACAGCAGAGAGGCCGAGGACGAACCCAGAGACUUCACCAUGUCCAAGCCCCUCGCCCAGCGGGUGUCCUUUCCCAAACCUUCCUUCUGCGGCCUCCCCUACUCCAUCGUGCACCAAGGUUUGGACUCCCACCCCAAAGCCUGCAGAGUUCCUCCCAUGACCGUCUCACCGCCCAAGCAGAGCCCCGCCGAACCAUUGCAACCCUUUCCUAGUCCUAAAUCCUCGUCCGACUCGUCCCUCACUAGCCCCGUCCGACCCAGUAAAAGGACCCUCGGGGAGCCCGAGGGCGAGGAGGUCCCAGAGAGGAAGGUCCGCGUGGUGACCCCCAUCCACCCAGCGUGCGCUAUCCGACGCAGCGACCCGGAGGAGCUGAAACCCGCCGAGCCGGCCCACGCGGUCCACCUCAACAACCACCUCCCUGAGGGCCACCCCGCCACCGCUUACCCCCCACCUCACGCCGCAACCCUCUACGCCGGCAUGUACCCCCCCGGCAGCCUCGUGUCGCCUGGCGCCCAGGACGGGCUCCAGCAGCACCCGGGCUUGCAGUACCUGAAGAGCCAGUCGGCCGUGUCCCCACUGGUGCCCCCCUUAGCCUUUCACUCCAUGAUGCUCCACAGGCAGCUGCUGGCCUCUGGGCCCAGCCCACACCACUUCUUCAGGCACCCAGGAGGUGCCGCCCUCUACGGGGACCUGCUGCACCACCUGUACCCGCUGUCCACUCUUCCCCCGCCACAGUUGUCCUCGGUACACCCCAGCACCAGACUGUGAGGGACACUUUCUUUGGUUGGUGGGUGGUCGUGGAUGGAAGCGGGGUCAGGGCGGGUGGCGACUGAUUGUAAAACUCGUCGGCGAGGCAGACUGAAAAUUCCAUUUUUUUUUUUAGUUUCUCCAUUUGUUUAUAUUCUUUGCACUGUUGUGUAUCACCACUUACUGUAUCUUUGUGUCUUCUAUCCUCGUUUGCACAAUUCUGACGCGGAUGUGCUCACCAUUCAUUUUGACUCAGCCGGAGUCGGGUCGUCGCGGAUCGGACAAAGUGGACGGCGGCCGUUUGUUUACUGCGUCUCUUGAGGGCUAAACUGUUGUCGCUUGAAACACUACGAGGAACACAACGCCGCAUCGUGACGUUAUUGGCAUUCAGUGGCGUUGUGUGUGUGUGUGUGUGUAUGCGCGUGAAUGUGAUUACGUGCAUCCGCUUUGCCGCUUUUUCUACUGCACAGUAUUGACCGCCUACCCUCGCCGAGAUUUGGGGCCAUCUGUUUUCGGUAUCGUCACAACUGAGCUGAAUUGAACGCUUUUUAAUGGAUUUUUAACUUGUGUAAGGAAAUCUGAUAGGAGACUGAGGGCACUAAAGAAGGGAGACUGUCAAGUACAAACAAUACAGUAACAUCCAUCAUUUUAAUGUUCAAUGCGCUCCAGCUCAUUUUAUCCAAGCAGAGAAUGAGGGCAGCAAAGACGAGACUGUGGUGUUUAAUACUGUCUCAGCAGUCAUUAUUAUUAACCUUGUGUCAUCAAAUUAUGCUACAACAUAGGUGAUUAAUGUGAGAUUGCAUCUGAGAGGAGACUAUGGGCAGGUGCAGCAAAGAAGUGGAGACUGGAGUAAAAUAUAGUACUAAUACUAGUACUAAACGUCAGUCAUUUUCAAUCUUCAGUCCUCAAGUGUUACAACAUUGAAUAUCCUCCACAUAAUUUUAUCCACGAGGACACUUAGGGCCGCAAAAAAAGGAUACUGGAGUAUAAAAUACUGCCUCAUUCGUCAUUUUUAGCCUUGACUCCUCAAGUGUUCCAGUAAUGAUGAUGAAAGUGUUCCACCUAAUUUUAUCCGAGAGGAGACUAUGGGCAUCUGCAGCAUAAAAGUGGAGAUUGUGGAGUAGAAUAUGAUUAAUUUUUAGCCUUUUGUAUUACAGUAGUAUUACAACAUUGAAUAUCCACCACAUAAUUUUAUCCAAGCGGAGACUAUGGGCAGCUGCAGCAUAGAAGUGGAGACUGUGGAAUAAAGUACUGAGUUAUCAGUCAUUUUUAGCCUUGACUCCUCAAGUGUUCCAGCAAUUAUGAUGUAUAUGUUCCACCUGAUUUCAUUCUAGAGGAGACUAUGGGCAUCUGAGGCAUAGAAGUGGAGAUUGUGGAGUAAAAUAUCAUAAAUUUGUAGCCUUUUGUAUUGCAGUAGUAUUACAACAUUGAAUGUCCACCACAUAAUUUUAUCCAAGCGGAGACUAUGGGCAGCUGCAGCAUAAAAGUGAAGACUGUGGAGUAAAGUACUGCGUUAUCAGUCAUUUUUAGCCUUGCGUCCUCAAGUGUUACAACAUUAAAUACCCUCUACAUAAUUUUAUCCAAGAGGACACUUGGGGCAGCAAUGAAGUGGAGACGGUGGUGUACAAAACGGCAACAUCAGUCCUAGUUAGGAGUGUGUCCUCAAGUGUUUGAACGACAAAUGCGCUCCACCAAGGUACCAGAAGUGGUACCUGCUUUUGGGGAGGCGUGGAGGCGAGUCGGUACCGUGCAGUGGAAACGUGUCCAUCAUUGUGGACACACCAGUCCAAUCCUCAUCCAUUUCAUGUGCAAGUGAAUGUGGCUUUUUUUUCCCACCCCCCUCCCAGAAUGAACGUAAUCAGACAGUAGCAGCUCCUCGUCUUUUUUUGUCGCGUAAUGAAGCAGCAUACAGGUGCGGAACGCUUACAAAAAACAGCAUUUCAUUCUUUUUUUUUAAUCAUAAUUUUUUUUUUUUUUAAUCCCCUGAAAAGAUCCACUGUGUGAUUUGAUUAUUUUCUAGGAAUGUUGUCACUUAGGAUGCUAUUGCUUUGCAAAUAUUUGUGCCUUUGGCCGUGUUAGCACUACAUAGGAGCAUCCACUCAUUACUGUCAGCGGUGAUUGGUGAGGUUUAUAUAUAUAAUACAGCUACAGAGUUAUGCUUUUAGAGUAUAAAUAUAUUUACUUAGCUUUACUGUGACAGGCAGUCCUUACACAUUUUUACAAUACAUAGAAGAAGAAAAAAAAAGGCCACGCUGCCUGUCAUCAGGAGGGCUUGAAUGUGAAUAAAGGUACCACACUUUGCGCUCUGUUAUUAUUAUUAUUAUUAUUAUUAUCAUUAUUGGUCUUUUCCAACCACUAUGAUUGCAAUUCCAGUCAGGAUGGCCCCCAAAUUCCCGAAAGUCGACGUGUGUGUAAUCCUUCUGUACACAAAAGAAAAAAAAAAAGCAACACAUCAAUGUGGGAUCAAUGUCAUGUUGUGUGUGUAAAUAGAAGUGUAGAUAUCAGCGACGGGUCCUCACCAUAUAAACUGUUAUAAUCUGUAAAUAGCAAACAAAGGCAGUAUAAAAAAAAAAACUACACAAUCUAGUCCUGGUUUGUUUUCACCUUUAGAUUGUAACAAACACUACGAUUUAGGCGUUUAUUUCUCUUCUUUUUUUGUUUUUGAUACAGUAGCCAUCUGUUUACCAAUCACCCCAGCUGGCGAGCAACUUAAAAAAAAAAAAGACAUUUUUUUAUGAUAUGACCUCCUGUAUAUUUAAUUAAAAUAUUUUACUAUCUAACACAUGCUUCCGAUCUUGUCUUCUUUAACACAUCAAUAGAUGGCCUCAGGUUCCCUCCUGCUUUCACAACAGUCACUUCUUCUCUUCCUCAUUCUACUUCCUAUUUACUUCUUCUUCCUCCUUUUUCCUCUGACAGCCAGAUGAGUAAUUAUCAAACCCUUUGGUUGUUGUACGCCUUAAAAAAAAUAAAAUAAAAAAAAUUGCUCAUAACCUUCUCGAUCAGCAAUUCAAAGCAAAAGACGGUCCACAACGAAAAUAAAAGUGGUCUACCCUAGACCGGGUGUAUUGACCCGUGGGACAUUCUAAAAAAAAAAAAAAAAAUUUUAAAAAUUUGGAAAAAAAACAGCAAUAAAUUGCAAGACUGCAGUAAUAUUUUAACAAAGUUGAAAUUUAAAGCAAAAAACUAACAUUAAAUAAGUUUAAUGUUGCAAUAUUAUGAAUAAAGUUUAAACUAUAGUAGUUUAACGUUUAAAUGGGACCUAUUGCACUCAUUUUCGGCCCUUUGUAUCGAGUUGUGGACUCUUAUAGAGCAGCUACACAUGAUAAGCUUUCUACAUCUUCCAGAAUCUGCACCUAUUCCAGCUAUAUUUCCUUGGAAAAUAAAUGGCCUGUUUUGAUUUAUUCCACAGCUUGUACAAGUAGAAUGUCGCAAUACUGUGAGGAAAAUUUGUCAACAACAAAUAAACAACAUAUAUGUAAUUUUUGGAAAAUUAGGUUGUAGGAAAAAGGUAAUAUAAGAAAACAGUCAAAAUUUUACAAGAGGAAAAUUAACAAAUAUUUGUAAAUAAAGUUGAAUUAUUUGGAAAAUUAAAAUAAAAAAACGACGAAAGAUGAUACUAAUAAUAGUACAGUUUCACCUACUAUACAAUCAUAGAGCUGAUAUGCAGUUUUUCGUCUUGAAUAUGAAAGUAAUAUGAAAACAAAGCAGUAGAAAAUGAAUGAAUGAAAAUAUGAAAGUGGUCCUUGCAUCCUUUCAUCAAUCACUAUGUGGCCCUUAGCAGUUAGCGAUUUGGUCUGCAAGAAAAAUAAUCUUCUCAAAGGUAUAAAUUUAUUCUUGGAAAAUAACUCAACAAAAAAAAAUCAACAUUCUUUCGCAAAAGCUUAGCUAUUAUGAGAGCAAGUAAUGGAAAAAAGAAAUAUCACCAUUAGAUUCCUUUUAUUCCACUACAUUUGACUCAACAUUUAGCUUGUUGUAUGACGUCGUAUAACAUAGUCAAUAAAACACACGAGAACAUUCAGUGGCAUUCUCCCAUCUCAUUAAAAGUCACAUUAAAAUAAACAAAAAAAAACAUUAAAAAGGCGUUGAAUGAAAGAGUGUUAUUUUUCUGCUGCUAAAGUCUAUAAAGAAGAUGAAGUACAUAAGUUUGUCUCUGCUCAUAAAAGGUAAAACUAAUUAAAGUUAGUCAUUCCAGUCGUAAAAGAUAACAAUCACAACAAUAAACACACACACACACACUGAGCGCUGACCAGAGCUGACCCCCCCUCUUGGUUUUGUAUGGAUGCAUUGCAUGGAUGGCUGCUAUUCCGGAGCGCCCCCCCAACCUGUUUUGUUUUCAGUGCUUUGGACAGCUAUGGACAUAAUGAAUGAUGAUAUAUUGUACUGUAAUACAUUUCAGUCACUCUUUAAGGAGUCAUUAAGUCAAAGAUUCAGCCCCCCCCCACCCCCCCCGCCCCCCCAGGCCGCCAGUUGAACACCCCAGGACUAUCCCUGCACACUUGAGUUCUAAGAAUCCUUUCAACGGAAGUCUCACUCGUGAUGUUUUAACUUUUUUACUUUGAACAUGGAUUUACCAAUGAUCACGCAAGUGUAAAAAGAAGUUAGGCACUGUUAGUAAAACAUAAGAUAAAAGAUAAGAUAUGCCUUUAUUCGUCCCUCAGUGGGGAAAUUUGCAAUAGUUUUGCAAUAUUGCAAAUAUUUGCAAUAUUUGCCAUAGUGGUUCCAGUGGUCGUGGUCAUGCUAAGCUAAGCUAACUCUUCCCUCCCAGUAAGGGUUCUUCCACAUUCAUGCAUUGAAAUGAAAGUGAAAGUAAAAUUACGGUGCAGCUUUAAGGUUCAUCCUGUCCCUGAAAGACUUUCUCACUUUGCUCCUGGUUGCAUUCCCAGAACAGACAACAAAAUUACACUCACCUGAGUCCUGGUGCCUCAGGUGAGGGGGCGGAGCCUCCCCAUGCACCUCUAGAACGCCCAGCGGAGCGUUCUUGCGGCCGAGCGCUGGCGCUCCCCCGUAGUUGUUCCGCUGGAGCUGCUGAAUGAUGGCGGAGAACUUGGCGUCCAAAGACGGUCGGCCUGUUUUGGACUUAGGGCGAGAUGUGAUGGAGUUCUCCUUCUCCUGAUAGGACGGCGGAGGGCGGGGGGGUCUCUCAGGGUGGGGAGCAGUAGCAGUAGCAGCAGGAGGAGGAGGAGGAGCACGGCGCUUCUUAGCGCUAUUGGGCGUGGAGCUGGAGGCGGGUUUAGGGCUGGAGAAAGGGGCGGAGCUUUGACUCUCCGACAGGCUGUUAGUCUUCUGGACCACCACUGGGUGGCAGCCAUCAAAUAGAGUGGACCAAUUAGGAGCCUCCCUCUGCUGCUCCUGGCCAAUCAGGAAGCGUCCAUCGGUCUGCUCGAUCUUAUCGUGGAUGAUGUCCGUGAUGCCCUCAAACUUGCCUGGAGAAAUAAUACCUAAAAAAGACAGUAGAUAUGUCAUUGGUGCUUAUUAGAUAUUAUUAUAAUAUAAUAUUUAAUAUAUUAUUAUAUUACAUACCAAAUUCAUGGUAAAAACAUAUGACAAUGUUAUUGAAAAUAUCAAAUUUAAUGCAAAU